AUGACUCUCUUUGACGGCGUCUACCCCUUCUACCCGCAGCAGAGGAAGGUCUCUGUGUUUGAUGUCAGCAUCAUCAUCGUGAUCGUGGUCUUCCUAACAUUUGCCUGCAGCUUCCUGCUCAUCAUCCCAGGCAUCCGUGGACGGGCGAGGCUGUACUGGACACUUCGGGUUCUCCUCAGCCUUGUUGUGGGAGUGGUGAUCGUUGCUGUCAACUUCACCAGGGACUGGGAAACCGGAUGGGUGAAGGCAAACACCUCCUACAAGUCCUUCAGCCGUGCCCUGGUGAAUGCAGACAUCGGGCUGCAUGUUGGCCUGGCAGGGGUGAACAUCACACUCAGGGGAAACCCAGUGAACCAGAUCAAUGAGACCAUCAACUACAACGAGCAUUUUGCCUGGAGCUUCAACGCAGACUAUGACCACAGCUAUAGCGAGGGGCUGGAGAAGGGGCUGCCCAACCCCAUCCUCUACGUGGCAGAGAAGUUCAGCAUGCAGAGCCCCUGCAGCGUGCACGGGCAGUACCGCAUCGCCGGGCACUACGCGUCGGCCAUGCUCUGGGUGGCCUUUUGCACUUGGCUCAUCUCCAACAUGCUCUUCUCCAUGCCUGUCCUAGUCUAUGGAGGCUACAUGCUGCUGGUUACAGGUGCCUUCAUGAUCUUCUCUUUGCUCUCUUUCUCCACCGUGAGGAACUCCCUGGUGUGCCCCAUCCACUUUGGGACCGCGGUGCUGCGCACGGGCUACGGGGGAUCUUUCUGGCUCACACUGGCCAUUGGCUUGCUCUGUUUUGUGACUGGGAUCACUGUGGUCACACUGCACUACUUCAACUUGAACCUGCUGAAAACUUUCUUUGAUCUCCCUGAGGACAAAGCUGAGGAGUACCAGGAGAUGACUGAAGUGUACAUCAACCCUCACUUUAUGAACCAAGGAUUACCUCCUUCUCAGUCCCCCAAGCUGAACCCCAAAAGCAUCUAG